AUGGCCGCUCGCCGCAAAGCUCCUGCUCUGCUCAACCCUCAAGCUCGGUUGAGCCCGCCGUCGACAUCAUCAUUAAAUGUACGACCAAUACAACAACAGUCAAGAACACUCUUCGACUCCCUUCUGUCUUCAACGUUGGGAAACUGUGCGCUUCGGUCUAUGAGCCAUACCAAAGUUUUGCCGUACUCCGCUGCAACAGUUUUCAAAGCCGUCGCUGACGUGGCGGGCUACCCGACCUUUUUGCCCUUCACAAUUUCAUCCAAGGUCACAUCAAGGGAUGCUUCAGGCUAUCCGACCCGAGCUAGCCUGAAAGUCGGGUACGCGACACUCGGUAUUGAGGAAGACUGGGAGAGCAUAGUUCGGUGCGAUCCGGCUCGAGGGAUCAUCGAGGCGAGAAGCAGCGAGGAGCACAGUAACGGUCUUUUUGAAACCCUGAGUACCAAGUGGCUCAUUGCGCCUUCAAAAAAAGGGGCCAAAGACAGCACUGCCGUCAAGCUGAACGUCGACGUCAAAUUCCGCAAUCCUCUCUACGAUCAAAUGUUUGCCCAGGUGGAAAGUAAGGUCGCAAGUACAAUGGUGUCUGCUUUUGAAAAGAGGGUCGAAGAGCUCCAUCAGAAGCAGGAAAAGCGGCCGCGGUGA